UGGUAGCGGAUAGAUGAUAAAUAAAAAACAGAUGGAGAAAAGCGUGAAGAAAUCAGAAAGAAACGGAUAAGAGGAAUGACGAUAGAAUAGAGUGAAGGGAAACAGAGAAACAACAAGAAGAGAAUCCCUCCUUAAAUUCAAUUGACAAAACAAAACAGAGAAAUUGAAGUAACAAUUUAGGAAAAAAAAAAGAAAACCCAACUUUUUUUUCCUCUGGGAUGAUAGUGUUUCACUGACUUGUUUGAGGAAAGAUUAUAGUGUAUUUAUUUAGAUCUUUAAGAGAUGGGGAAAGAAGAGAGGAGCCAAAGAGCAUGUAGAACAAUAGAGCCAGAGCUGUUUUUACAGUGGGGGAACAGAAAGAGGUUAAGAUGUGUGAGAGUUAAAGACCCUCAAAAAAUCUCUCAUAAAUCGAAUGCUAUAAUUCGUAGGAGAAUCACUUCUCGGCUCUUAGAUAAAGAAAUCUCUCCUUUUUCUCAAUCCAAUCAUCGUCUCACCAGGAAUUCUGAGGCAGCUAUACUCCGGACAGGUACGAUAGAGCACCAGAAAGCCUUGUUGCCGGAGAAGGAGGAUAGGUACUACACAACAGGUGGAUCAGCAGUGGGAUUGGUGGGUGAGAAUGGGAAGGUUGCCCUGGAUAGCAAUAAUGGAGACAAUAACAAAGGGCUAGUGUGGCCAAAGCUGUAUAUCACUUUGUCACACAAAGAAAAGGAGGAGGAUUUUAUGGCAAUGAAAGGGUGUAAACCCCCUCAAAGGCCUAAAAAGAGAGCCAAGAUUAUCCAAAGGAUCUUACUUCUGGUGAGCCCUGGAGCAUGGUUGAGUGAUAUGUGCCAACAGAGAUAUGAAAUUAGGGAAAAGAAGACUUCUAAAAAGAGACCAAGAGGAUUAAAGGCCAUGGGAAGUAUGGAAAGUGAUUCAGAUUGAGAGAUAUGUCCAUAUAUCUAUGGCAGCAGCAGAGGCUUUUUCUCUUUUGAAUUUUUGGGAAUAUUUUUGCAGCUAAUGUUAAAAAUAUAGAAAAGUUAAAAGAGUCUCUGCCAGGUUUAUUGUGUAGAAGUGGAAAUUUUUAUUAUUAUAAAUAAGUAAUCAUUUUUCUUCUCACUCA